AUGGGUCCUGGCCGCGACCCUGCGGGGCUAGCCGCGAACCGCCUAGCGCCAUUUCUUCACAUUCAUGCGAUAUCUGCCCGAGUCACAUCUCUGACUCCCGAUCACACUCAAAAGUCUCAUUAUUCGUUUUUUCCUCAGCCCGCAGCCCAGGAAACGAACAUCAGUUCCCUCAUUGCCAUGGCUUUCGACCCGACGGCACUUGGCCCGUCAGAAGAGCCGGCCAUUCACGAUCUUUCGGGCGAGAUAUGGCAUCCCUUGUUCCGGCACGAGUGCGCUUUUGGGCCCGAUGUCUUUGAGGAUGUCAUGAUGAAUCUGGUCAAGAACCCGAACAUCAACUCGAGCUGGCUCUUCCGCGCCGAUAUUCUCAACGAUACCGACCCUGGAUGGAAACCAGACACUCCCCCACUCUCUGAUCUCCCAGAUCAACAACAGGGUGUUCCCGCCGCACAAGCUGUGCAGCAGCCCGUCCCCGUUGCUUUCAAGGAUUUCCGCAACGACCGCGUCCUUGUGAGGAGGUUGAUUCCGCGGAACACACGUCGGGACGACCCUUUGGAGCAGACGUGCGUCUUCGCCUCCGGUACCCCAGACGCGGAUGCAGAUGCCACUGCCACUGCUGCGAAGACCAGGUCCCUGGUCAUCUACCUUCCCCACGCUUCCUCCCCAGACGCCCUGCCCUUCUACCACCCCAAGGUCCGGGGCGUCGCGCACCUCCACGAGUGGGACGCUGCGCAAGGCGUCGGUACUGUCUCCAUUCAUUAUUUGUUCUUCGACGAGGCCGACUUUGCCGUUGAGAAGCUUGUACGGACAGCUCGCAUGCUGCUCUCGGUGCUGUACAAGCACGGUCAGGGAAGGGUCGCCGGGUACAAGAAGCGAGUGCAUCAUGACGUCGUCAUUCCUCAAGCCCGGUUCCAAGACCGUUAUACCCAGCUCAAGCUCAAGUACGCGAGGGAUUUGGUCGAGAGCUGGGCUGAGACGACUGACCCUUCCAAGCACGUGUUUGAGGACUUGGGCAUCGCUGCCUUCCUGAUCGAGUUGUGGGCGGAAAUGUACAAGGAUCAGCCGUUCCCUGGGUUCGUGGACAUCGGCUGCGGCAACGGCCUGCUCGUCUAUAUCCUCAUACAAGAGGGCUACUCGGGCUGGGGCUUUGAUGCUAGAGCAAGAAAGUCGUGGGCAAAGUAUAACUCGGUCCAGUCAGGGAAAGAUUCCCUACAGAGACUCGUUCUUCUUCCCGAUGUUGUUUCAAGACCCUCUUGUGCCGAAGGCCAAGAGCCUGUUCUCGAUCUCUCGCAAAUUCACAACGGCUCCUUUCCCAAGGGCACCUUCAUCGUCUCUAACCAUGCUGACGAGCUAACCCCGUGGACUCCUAUUCUGGCGACCUUGUCAGAGAGCCCCUUCAUCAUGAUCCCCUGCUGCAGCCACACGCUGGGAGGGCAGAAGCACCGCGCGCCAUUGCCGCGUGAUAAGACCAAGUCUCAGUCGACUUAUUCGUGCCUUGUCGACUGGGCGGCUUGCAUUGCCGAAGAUUGUGGAUGGGCCGUCGAGACGGAAAUGCUCCGCAUCCCGAGCACGCGAAACACUGCCAUGCUGGGCCGGAAGCGGACGCGGGAUGUCGAAGAGGUAGACAUUGACGGGGUCCUGGCCAAGUACGGCGGAACAGGCGGCUACUUCGAAAGCGCGGCGAAGUUGACCAAGACUGAAAAGGGGCACUAG